CUCAACACUCAACACUCCCAACACUCUUCUUUCUUCUCAUGCCUCUUCAAUCUUCUUUCUCCUCCUCUUCCACUUAUUCUUUUUUCCCCUCUUUCUUGUUGUUCUUCUUCUCUUCAAUCAUGAAAGCCAAGCUUGAUCUCCACCCUUGAGACCUCAACGCCUUUAGAACUCUCCAAAGAGACCUUGGUCUCAAUGCACUUUUAGUCAACGGUAAGGCUUCCAUCGAUGCUGUGUUCUGCGACACCGCCACAGCCACCUACGUCCUCCAAGAAUCUCAAUCGAACCCUCUCUUCCGCCAUUUUACACCUCACUCAGCUUAAAGAACUCUCUUUAUCUCAUAACCACCUCGUUGACCGCAUCCCAAACUCCAUAGUCAACCUCAAGAAGCUCGAAAUCCUCGAUCUCCGUGGCAACGGCUUCUCCGGCGAAGUCCCGCCUCACCUUUUUUCGCUUGCAAGGCUCCGACUCCUCGAUGUCUCCUCCAACAAACUCUCCGGCAACCUCAACUUCCUCAAGUAUUUUCCGAACCUGGAAAAGCUAAACGUCGCCGACAACCACUUUGUUGGUCGUGUCCCGGUUUCCAUUCGCUCGUUUCGGAACCUCAGACACUUCAACUUCUCCGGCAAUAGUUUCCUCGAAGGCUCAACGCCGAUUGCCAAGAGUUACAAUGAAGUCGAAGACUUCCAGUCUGUUGUCCCAAGACGCUUCAUCUUCGCUGAGGACUUGACGGGCGAAGCUGGAUUCAUCGGCGGAGCACGGUGUCAGAAAGUUCUCCGAUUUCACGCCGGAGGAGUUCAAGAGGCAUUACCUUGGGUUGAAGCUGUUAGUCCAGUCAAGAACCAGGUGAGGAAUGAAGCUAAACUGGAGUGAGUAAAGACAAAACUGAAAGGUACGAUGGAUUCAUCUUACUUUUAUGUGCAAAUAUUGAUAUAGGCUAAUGGCUUGAGUUAUUAUUAAUUAUUAAGUUAUUUGAAUAUCACUACGGAACCAUGCACCGGAAGAAAUCAAGAGUUUGCCUCAUCUUUAUUGAUUUGUCCAUGUUUAGAAUGUACAUGUUUCAUCUUUAUUGAUUUAAUUCAUGAUUAACCUAAUAAAGAAUAUAGUCACACUAUAGCCAUCCAUCUUACAAGUUCAAAGUUCUAGUAAAACAUAUGUAGAAAACGUUUAUAUUAUUAUUAUUAUUAUUAUUAUUAUUAUUAUUAUUAUUAUUAUUAUUAUUAUUAUU